CAGCGUAGCACGUACCUGGCGCACCGCUGCCCAGACGGCGCAUUUUGCUUGGCUUUUACACAAUAGGGAGAUAAUCCUAUUGCUCGACAAGCGCAAGGUAUUUCGCGCAGGCCAUGGAAACAUAGGUAUAAAGACAAUCGACGGCACCUGCUUCUCUCUUCUCGAUCUGUCUUAGACAUCAACAACUCAAACACUCUACAUCUUCUUCUUCUUUCGACUCUUUUUCUCUAGUCUUAUCCACUCUACUUUAGACACUUUAGUUCCUUCAGCCACAAUGCAGUUCAUCGCUCUUCUCGCUCUCGCUGCCUCUGCCUCUGCCUCUGCCUCUGGCCUCGCCGUCCGCGCCGAACAGGCCGGCGUCCCCUGCUCCCAGGAAGGCCAGUGGAACUGCAUGACGCGCUCCUUCCAGCGCUGCGCCUCGGGCCUCUGGUCCCGCGAACAGCCUACUGCCAAGGGCAUGAUCUGCGCGCCCGCCGGAUACACUAUGGACGUCCGUCUGGAGCACGACGGCAGCGUCAACAACGGCGGCGGCGUCCACGGCGGCCCUGUCAACCCUCCUCCCCGCACUGGCACUAACCGCGGCGACAGCCGUGGCGAUGGCCGCAUGAACGACGACACUUUCCUGUCUGGCGCUGAUGCGAACCGCGCUGGCUGGGCAGUUGCGGGUGUUGCGGCUGCCCUUGCUGUUGCUGGUGCCUUGUAAGAGGGGCGACGUGUAUAAAAGGAUCCGAUCGACUUCGUUUGUUUGUUCUACAACUGGCGAGCGCUUGUUUUUUCUUUUGUCAGUUGGCAUGUUUGGAUUAGCAUUUGGUUUCUUUUGUUGGCGGGUUUGCUGGAAGGGCAGGUGGUGGUAGACGUGCAUAGGAUAAGGAAUAUAGGAUAGUUUCUUCUGCAGAACACCUCAUUUAUUCGAUUUCAUUUGUUGAAUUUCAU